CGGAAUUUCCUAAACAGGUCGGAACGUGUCGGUCCACGUCGCGAAAGCUCGGAAAAAUUGAAUUCGCUUUUCAGUGCAAAUUAUUUCCUAAUUAAUAAAAUGUGAGACACUCGGUUUAUUCCAAGUUACGAAAAAUCGGUUGUUUGGCAACAUUGGGUUAAUCAAGCUUAAAAUUGUGUGGUAGCAAGUGACCAAUACCAAUAGAGACCAACGAAAGUCACUAGAACUAACCUUCCUAACCUUAAAAUUCAAAAACGCCAUAAAUAGCCAAAUCGUAAUGUUUCGCCAGUUAUUAACAGCAAGUGCAGUUAUUCCACGAAGUUUCGUUCGUUCCUCAGUAAUCAGACAGUCCAGUUCAGCCGCCGCCAACGAUGAGCCCCUUUUUGAUAUGGAAAAUCCAUUUGAAAAAGAAAAACAGCAGUGCCUUUUAUGUCGACUUAAGAUAACUCCAGAUUACAAAAAUGUCAAGUUGCUAUCACAAUUUCAGUCACCUUACACUGGACGAAUUUAUGGCAAACACAUUACUGGCUUGUGUGAAACGCAGCAGAAACUAGUGGAAGCCGAAAUUAUGAAAGCGCAAGCCGCUGGUUUAAUGGCGACAUAUUUAAAAGAGCCCUGUUAUUUGAAGGACCCUAAAUUAUUUGAUACUGAUAAUCCAAUAAGACCUCACAGGUUCUAAGUUAAUUAAAAUAGGGGAUCGAAUUAGGUACAAAUAUAUUUAAAAAUAAA